CAACGAAGCAAAACUUUUCCAAAAACUUCCGGCCUCUCAGGGGUCCAUCACUAAACCACAAUCCCGUGUACUGUAAUCACCAAUCUAGAAAUUCACUUGCAUUUGCAUUCUGCAGCUGCACGAUAAGACUUCAAACAUCACUCAGUUCUUCGCAUCUUCUUUACACCGCCGAAAUCCACCACAUAACGGAUUAUUGUCAACAGAGGAAAAAUGCCCUCCAGCUUGGAGCCUCCUAAUGACACCACGAGGGCAGUUUUAUUGGCAUGGGUAUGUGAUUCCAUUCUAUCCUUUACGCGCUCCUUUUUUUCAAUACUGACAUUCCCUUUCAAUUAGAUCAAUACCUUUCCUGCCACGUUGAGCAAGAUCAAGGCAAUAGAAGACUUGACGGAUGGUCUUGUAUUUUCGGACAUGCUGGGUACGUUUUGGAGUCUUCAUCAUCCUAUUUGAGCCUUCAAUUUGGAUGCUGAUUUAUAUAAUCUAGAGGACUUCGACCCCGCAUAUGCCAUCAAAGAUAUUCCGCAAACAACGAGUUCUACAAAAUGGGUUAUCGCCAAACAAACCCUGGAGGCCGUCUACAAAUCUCUUCUCAGAUAUGUUCACGAGCACUGUAAUAACUGGGUGAAGGCGGCCGUUGUCGAAUAUCCUAUCGAUUUCAAUGCUUUGGCACAAUACUCAGAUCCCGUCGAAUCGACAAAGGUAGUAGGAAAAGUCAGAACGAGACCCAACAUCGCCAUAACUAACAGAGUAUUUCAGCUUAUCACCAUAUUCAUGUUAGUCGCCCUGAAAGGUCCUAAUCAGAUGAGAUAUAUCGAUCGUGUCCGAACGAAGCUAGGCGUGUCUGCGCAAUCAGUCAUCGCGGUCCAUGUUGAAACAGUAAGUCAAUUUAGUCGUACAGUCUAUUGAAAGGGCGCUGAACGUGGCUCUAGAUAGAGAAAGAUCUCGCAGUCGCCUUGCCAACCUUGGAGCUCAAUCGUCUCACCAAGCCAUACGACGCACUGGAUCUGGAAGAGAAGUUUUCUGUCGUAGUUAAUGACCACGCAGCUUUGAAAAAACGCAAUGCUGACCUGAUUACACGAUUGGAAAAUUUGUCGGAAAGCCGAGAUCACUUACUAGAUGAGAACAAAGAACAAGACAUCCUAAUUAAACAGCUGCAGGAAAUGAUUAAUCAUGGAGGCCAGAACGAGCACAUUUUGAGACUUGAAAAGAGACUCGAAGAUUCGGAACAACUAAUUGCUACGCAGGAGCAGCAGCUUGAAGACGCCCGAGUAAAUAGAGAACUAAAGAAUAAAGAGUUGGUGUCGGUUAAAAACAGUCGGGAUUUGGAGGUUCAGGAUAGAUUCAAAGAACUCGAAGUCGAGAAUUCUGCUUUGUUGAAGAGAGCAAAUAAGGUCGAGCAUUAUGAAAAGAAACUUGCCCAGCAAAACGCCAUUGAAAAGGAAAAUGCGAGGCUGCGUGAGCAGCUAGACGUGCUACAAGAGAACCAAAAGGAUUAUGACAAGGUUCAUUUGGAGAAUGAACUACUCAAAACGACCCGUGGUGAAUAUAUGAAAGUACUCGAAACGCAGGAGCACACCAUAACCGAUCUUAGGAGUAAAGGUAUGCGCCUAGAAGAGGAGCUUAGAUUGCGAUUGGAGGAGAUAGAAGUACAUCUUGAAAGGCAACGACAUGAUGAGAGGUAUAUCAGUGAGCUUCAAGAACGUAUAGACUCACAAUCACCAGAAGAGCCAUCGGGUGGAUUCAGUCUCGAAGAUGAACUGAAUCGAAGCGAUAGUCCGAAUGGGCCGAACCCACAGCUUGAGAUAUCAAGACUUAGAGCAGAGUUACAGGUCCUCAAGAGUAAUGAGGGUGGCAAAGCUAAUGCUGAACUUCGAAGCGAGCUGCAGAAAUCAGAAAUGGAAGUCCGCAGACUUCGCGAGAAAACUCAAGAGUUGAAAGAGGCUCACGCAGUCACUCAAGAUCAACUUGCAACGAUUAUGGGCGACAGGUCCUUACUAUCAACAGACGAAGCGUUAGUUUUAGCAGUCGACAAAAUGAUGACUAUUGGGCCUUUUCAACUGACACUCGACGAUUAUCACAGAGAACGAGCGAAGUCCGCCGGACAAUCAUUAUACAGCGACGCCACCCAAGAGAUCAAGAGAUUGAACCAGGCAAUAAACGAACUUAGCGCGAAGCUUACCAGCAGCGAGCGAGAUCUGUUGAGAGCACGCGCAGAUUGUGGGUCAUCAAAUUUUUAUAUGCGUGGUAUAUCAGCUAACCGAAGGUAGUGAGUGCUAUGGACUCCGAUGAGAUCACUGCAUUAGAACAGCUCAAAGAAGCAAACGAAUUAGUAGCAUCUUCAUAUGAAAAGGAUCUGGCACUCCUCCAGGCACAGCAUAAUGAUUUGAGAGCAGAAUUCAUUGACCAGCAGUCUCACCUUCUUGCAGCUCUAAAGUCCAAGGAUAAGCUCUCGGAACAAGUGAAGACCAUCUUUCAAAAGCCAUCUAGUUCUAACGAAGAGACGGGCGAGAAUCCUGAGCCUGUAACAGCACUUGAUGCAUUGAAAGAGGUAAGUCAAGUAGACAAUAUUUCUACAUCAAAACCAUCUUCACCAACUUCACCAAAGAAACAAUCCGCAAUCAAGCGAAUCGGAACAUUGUUCGGUAGCAAAAAAUAUCAGGACUCCAAAAGAAACGCCGCAGAUCAUGAUCAACAAGAUGAAGAACUUGCCAGGGAACAGGCAGCAUUUGGUGUUCUGCCAGUAGCAUAACUGCCACCAUCGUCUUUCUCUCAAGCAAAUUCACCAUUCUCUCCACUUUCACCAAAAUAAAAAAGAGGCAUCGACUGAUAAAUUUUCCAGCAACUUCAAAAGAAAGAAUCAACCAUUCAAGAGCUCCAACGAAGACUCGUCCUGGCAGAAGAUCCAGAAGCGCAGAAGGUACCGUAUCGAAUUUUUCUCUUUCAAGCACCAUUGUCAAUGAUAUUUUAUCUCUGUUCCAAUCAAUAUUUGUGUCCACAUUCAGAGUCAUAUUAUGAUGUGAAGAAUGAGUGCAGACAACUGAUCCAAUUCUAUGUGAAGGCUGCAAAUGAUGUUUUGGUGAAGAACCUCACUCGCGAAAAUACCCUGAUAGCCACGGCUUGGUACGAUCUCACGAGCCGUUUACAAAGUAAUCAUGUGGUGCUACAGCGUAGACAGGAUGCGCCAAAGAGUUGGCUUAACAAACAACGACAACUCGUGAACUCGGGCCCAAGACGCUGAAUUCGAUAUAUGCGACAUGCAAGAUGGUAGCGGUAUGCCUAGAUAGGGAACAUUAUAAAAAGAAAUUGGUUGGACGGGUAGCAUAAAUUUGCAUUUUUGGCGCGGCAUUGGAUGAGAAGAACGAAUUCAUGGUCUGAGUAUUUCGUAUGCAUCAGGGGUUUAGUAGAGUGGUCAGGACGCACUUUGAAAGUUUAGGACAAAGCUGGGACAUUGACGAGUUGGCAGCAUUUUAUGGAUAUGUGGAUAGAGAUGUCUAAGAUUGGGGCUGCAGAUUGAUUAAGGAUGAAUAUUCGAGCGAUUCUCUUUAGUUGGGACUUUUGCGUAUACCCUCCCCUUCUUUUAUCUCAUACGAAGUUAUGGUUUUUGACAGAAAGUUGAGUAGUACCCUAUAUCACAAAUGCAUAUAUGUACAUCGCUUAAACGGGUUCAUCCUACAUAACCGAUGUGAAAAUGACACCACACUGUUGUCCAUGUCUAUCCACCUUUUUUAUAUGACAUGAUACCAAUCAGUGGAUUUCAAUGUUGCCGAAUCUUUUUCCUCUGUUUCCGAUAGAGAUGUCCGAAAUAUCAAUUCAUCAUUUUCCAUGGCAUUCCUAAAAGCCAAACAAACCUAGGCAUCAUACAGUAACAUCUCAUCUCAGCCCAUGAUCCCUCCGUGCAGCGCCAGGUCUCUGCAAGAGGAAACGAAACGCAAAUGAAUUUAACCCAGCACAGCGUAAAAUGAUUUGAUUCCCGGACCAUCGCUUAGAGAGAGCAAAAAGAAAACCCAUCAGCAACAUCUCAAAGGUCUCACGGCGCAUUUGUCCGCAUCCGUCAAGCGAUAAUCAGAGGAAAACCGCAUCGACGAUGAACGACAAGUUUCCAAUUUUGCAAAGCUUACGGAAGUGCAUCGAGGAGAGUCUGCCCGUCGGCGAGUUGUCCGAUGGAAAUUGAGAUGUGCAACAAAAAAAAAGGUGAUGGAUGGGAA